AGUCCCGCCCUCGGGCCGGCCCUGAGGCCGCUGUCCCGCCAUGGCGGAGGUGUUGGAGCUACCCCGGACACGCAUAGGCGCCGCUCAUGUGGCGAGCUUCAUCGACCGGCCCGUGUGCUUCGUGGGGCGCCUGGAGAAGAUCCACCCCAGCGGGAGGUCGUUCACCCUGACGGACGGAGAAGGCGCUCAGGUCACCGUGGAGCUGGCCCAGCCCCUGGAAGAGGAGAUCUCCGGGGUCCUGGAGGUGGUGGGCAGAGUGACGGCCAAAGCCACCAUCCUGUGUUCGUCCUACGUCCUCUUCAGAGACCACAACCACAGCUUUGACCUCAGGCUCUACAAUGACGCGCUCAAGAUCAUCCACGAGUUCCCACAGUUUUACCCAUUCGGGGCCACGCAGCAGGACUGACCCCCCUGCCCCAUCUGGGCACUUCCUGAGCACCGAUGACCAUCUGUCUGACUGUGCCUCGUGAGGUCAGCUCUGCGUUUUUUGGCCUGGGCGAACAAUUCUGUUUUGUUAAUAAAAGAGAACAAUUAUCCA